AUGGCCUCGCAAAUGUAUGGCUAUCCGCCAUACUCACCCAUGAAUCCUGUGCAGCCUCCGCCCUAUGGACCGAAUACUUCCCCCCAACAGCAUCAGCUUACGACACAGCCACUGAUGGUGCCCCAUCCAACAAGCACUGCGCAGUUACCCCACCAUCCAGCUCAAGCUCCAACAGGGAACUUGUCAAGUAGUCCAAAUUCAGCUGCGGCACAACAGCCAACGCCCCCUCAGAGAACGAUGCUAAACCCCCCUCACUCAGCAGCUAGUGGUGCACCUUUGUCAGCCAGUGCUGUUCACCAUCAAAACUCUAAUGUCGGGGCCAGCUCUAGCGCGGCACCAGGACCAAUUCCUGCCACAACCCCCCUGGUUGUCCGACAAGAUAGCAAUGGUGUCCAGUGGAUCGCGUUUGAGUACUCCCGGGAUCGUGUAAAAAUGGAGUAUACAAUCCGCUGCGAUGUUGAGUCGGUUAAUGUGGAUAAUUUAAGCCAGGAGUUCAAGACUGAGAACUGCGUUUACCCUCGAGCCUGCUGCAGCAAGGACCAGUACAGAGGCAAUCGGCUGGUCUACGAAACUGAAUGUAAUGCUGUUGGAUGGGCCUUGGCGGAGCUGAACCCGGCACUGAGAGGCAAGCGUGGGCUGAUUCAGCGGGCAGUGGAUAGCUGGAGGAAUAGCAACCAGGACCCUCGACUUCGAAGCCGGCGUGUGAGGAGGAUGGCCAAGAUUAACAAGCGGCAGGCGAUGCCUGUGCCUCCGCCUCACAUGGCGCCUUCCACCCCUGUUGGCCCUGGGGUGCCAAGUGCUAGUAUGCCCGCCCCCGGUCCCCGUCCCAGCCUGGGGCCAUUGCCCAUGGGCCCCCCUCAGCUACAUCACCACCAUGCCCAGCCAGAUGGAAGUGCAGGCCACGAAGAAGCUAGCGGUGCCACUGACUAUACGAACGGUACCAGUCGUCCACCUGUCUCGGAUGGUCUGCAACCCGGACCAUCGCCAACGGACAUCCGCACGGCGCAGGUGUUCCAUGGCUACCCUUCCUAUCCGACCCCCGCGACGGCCUCAGGGGGACCAAGGGGUCCCUCAAUACCACCACUACUCCGAGAUAGUGGCAUCGGGUCUCUCGGGCGCCAUCCCACCAUUGCGACGUCCUCGAACCGGAUCGAAGAAGUGGACGAUGACGACGAUGAGCGCAAUCCAAGCAGCGAUGCGCUCUUUGGUACACUGCCCGAGGGCAAACGCCGCAAGUUCAUCCUGGUGGACGAUAAUCAGCGAGGUUGUCGCGUGCGUGUUAAGGUCAUGCUGGACCAGGUUGAUAUGGACGAGAUCCCCGACUCCUACAGGUUGUCUAAUGCAGUAUACCCCCGGACAUAUUUCCCUGUUCAGAUGAGGGAUCCAGGUCGGGUCGUGCCCGGAAAUCGAUAUGUCAAGGACAACACUGGGGCUGAAGAGAGUGAGGAUGAGGAUGAGGAUAUGCCCCCCCGGAGGGUCAUGGUUCCUGCACCUCGCAUUGAUGGUGAAGGCGAGAUCGCGGUUCCCCGGCUGUCCCGAGGACGACGGAGAAGAGAGGUACUCUUGAAUGACCUGGGCUACCGAAUGAGUUGGAGCCAAAGUCGAGUGUUUGCGGGGCGAAUGCUGUUCCUGCAGCGAUCUCUUGACGCGUACCGAAAUAAGAUGCGCAGCACGAUGCUGGCGGCCGGCCAGGACCCGACAGCCAUUCCCCGGCAUUUCGAGACGCGGGCGGGAAAACGACGAUUCCUCGAGCGUAGGCGACGGGCAGCGGGAGGUCCGACUCGGGGUGCCGGUGCCCAUGGGGUGUCUGCCUCGCAGCGCAGUGCUGAAGAGGUCGAGGCUUGA